AUGGGGGAGCUUCUGCCCUACGUCAAGGACAAGCAGGCGGACGCGCUGCGGGAGAAGCUGGUGAUGCGCCUGGAGCACGCCCCCGGGGGGCCCAAGGAGUGGCGCUGGCUGGCGUUCUGCCUGGUGCAGCUGGGGUACAGCGAGAAGGCCACGCGGCGCUUCAUGGACUUGACGCGGGCUUACAAGCACACCCUGGCGGAGGACGAGGUGUUCGAAGUGUUUGUCAGCCUCGCUGACAAGGCGCGCAAGGCCCCGCCGUCGGCGUCGGCCAGGGCCGGCGGCGCGGGGGGCGACUUGAAAGAGAAGGCGGAGGAGUGGGCGCGGCAGCUGCAGGCGAGCGUCUGGUCGUCUGCCGCUCAGGCUCCACAGAGCGCUCUGGCGCUGAGGCACCCAUUCGUCGCAGCGGCGCCGCGCGGCGAGGCGCGAGAGGCGGCCCUCGAGGCGCGCUCGGUCGAGGCGGCCGCCGCGGCGGCGCAGCGCGGGCGCAGGCGGUCCGCCGCGGCGGCGGCCGCCGGGGAAAAUGGGGGCGGCGCUGCGGGCCACGGCGGCGAGGAUGCAGAGGAGGAGGGCUCCGAAGGCGGCGGCGCUGCAGAGGCGAACACCGAUGGGAGCGGUGAUCUUGCCGCACACGGUCGCGGGCGGGCCGGCCCCGGGCCGGCUGAGGCCGCCGCGGCCGCGGAGGGCGGCGAGGGAGGGGCGGCCGCGGCGCCGGGCGCAGACGGCGAGGACGGCGCGGAGGGGGAGAUCGUGCUUAUGCGGUCACAGCCCGCCUUUGAGGAACCGGACGACGAGCAUGGUGGCAUGGUGGAUGGUGGGGCCGCCGAGGGGCUCAGAGAGCAGCUAGAGAAGCUGGCAGUCGGGCCGAGCGGCCACGCGCGCGCGCGCGGCGGCAAGGCCGCCGCCCGCGGCAGGGGCGGAGGCAGCGGCGCGGUCGGGCGGCGCGCGGCGGCCGGCGCGGCCGGGCGGCGGGGGACGGCGUCUAGGGGGGACGGGGAUGCGACGCCGUCGAGCAGCGGGGAAGAGCAGAGCAGCGGCGGCUCGAGCUCCGAGGCUUCGUCAGACGGCAGCGACAGCGAUAGCGGCGCGGCUGCUGCUGCUGCUGCUGCUGCCGCUGCAAAGGCGGCGGCGGCGCGGCGGCCGGCGGCGCGGGCCCGCAACGGCCGGCGUGCUGUUGUGCUGAGCGACAGCAGCGAGGAGGAUUAG